UCGCAAAUACUUCGAGCUUGUUGACAAAAAAAAAUAAUUAUAGAUUUAAAAAGUAAUAAUCAGUGAGUGUAUAAAUAAAUUUAUGAAUAAUAGAGCUUCUAAACUCUUACAAUUUCAAAAAUAAAAUCAAACCGCUUUUAAUAUUUAAAUUAACUCUCAAGAAAAAAAAAAAUUGUCACAUCAAUUGAAUCGCAACGAAAACUCGAUCAUUGCAGAUUGCGACGCUUUUGCUGGCGCCUAAUGCAGUGUUUUAUUAAUUAAAAAUAAAAUUACCAAACAAAUGACUAAAUAUAUAUGGAAUUACAUCGCAUCUGACAACUUGAGAAUCAAAUGAAAUGCUGAUAAAAAAUUCAUCGUCAUUAAAAUGCUGACAGUAAUGUGUCCCAACUGCCGGCACCGCUUUCCAGCACCGGGUUGUUGUAAUCCGGAGUCAUCAAGCCAAGAUACAAGAAUGCAUCCAUCAACCGCAUCAUCACCCUCACCAUCAUCAUCAACUUCCUGCGGGAAUUAUUACAGCUGCGGCAAUGGUUCGCUUUUACCCCGCGGUUACACCAACGGCGGAUGCAUAAUAAAUGCGCCGACGAUAAUCCACGGGCCGACAAUAAUUCAGUCAAAUCAAGCAUCUGGUACCGCCCACAUAACACCCACCGGAUUUUUAAAUGACUACUGGAACAUUCAACAAAAACAAUUAAAUUCCGAGUGUAAAAUAAAUACAACUUGUGAUUUAACCGGCGGUACUGUUACAAUAACAACUCCAAAUAUUCAAUCUGGUGGUUAUUUAAUUCAAUCAUCUCCAGAUGUUGAUGCGCUUAUUCACUCACCGCGUAUUGAAAUCAGGCCAAAAUUAUCUGGCGGUGGUUGUUUAUUACAAAAAAGACUGUCUGAAGAUAAUAAUUAUCAAUUAUUAUUUCAAAAUAAUGAUUACAUACAAGAUAAUAUUGGUAAUUUUAAUUAUCAAUAUAAUUUUGAUAAAGAUGACUUUUGUCCAUCAGUACAUCCGCCUAGUGGUUGUCAAGAAUUACCAGGAAUACGUCGUAAUUCCUCUGUCCAAUCGAAGCCAGACAAUUUUAUCCACAAUAACAUAAAUCCAGCAUCAGAAAAUAUUCAUUAUUUUGAUAAUAAAAAACAUUCUAGUUGUCGCUGUCCAUCACAAUCAAAUUCCAUUAAUAAUAGUAAUUAUAAUAAUAGUAAUUAUAAUAAUAAUAAUUAUAAUAAUAAUUACAAUAGUAAUAACAAUAAUAAUAAUAAUAUAAAUAAUAAUAAUAACAGCAACAAUAAUUUACAAGCAGAAACAUGUCAACGUAAAUUAUCAACAGAAGAUCCAGGUGCUGUGCAAAUAAAAGUAAGCGCGACAAUUCAAUUACCAGCUAAUGUAGAUCAGUGUACAUUAAAUAUAACAGCAACUAAAAGUUUUGGAAAUAAUGUCGACACAAUAACGACAGCCAAUGGAAUAAAUUCGACGUCAAGAGCCGGAACUAGCAGAAAUAUUGUAAAUAAUUUAAGCGGCGGAGGAUUAGUACAAACUGACAGUCAGUCGGUUGUUAAUUUAAAUAUCAAUGACGACAGUGAUAAGCAAGACGACUUAUCAGCAACGACACCAACGACACCCGUGUCCUGGUUGAUGCCACUGUCGUACACUUAUGAAGACAUUUACGCGCUGCAAAACGGCCAGCCUUUGACAGGAGAAAUAAAAAAGCUGCUGGGUAACUCCGGAUGGUACUACGGGAACAUGAACUGGCAGCAGAGUGAAAAUUUACUUAAAAAUAUGGAAAUCGGAAGGUGGCUGGUGAGAGACAGCUCGGACAGUCGCUAUGCCUUCACUAUUUCCGUUCAAACUAAACGUGGACCGACGUCUGUCCGAGUCCACUAUUACAACAAAAAGUUUCGACUUGACUCGGAGCCCGCGCUGAUACUGAUGAUGCCGCAGUUUGACUGUCCUAUUAAAUUACUCGACUUUUAUAUUUAUUUUUCGAAGUAUGGAAAUGAAAAACUGACCCAGGUUUGGGUCGACUACAGCGGUCAUGUAUUUAGCAAAAUUUUUUUGACAAAUCCGGUUGUCAAAGAUGUGUCUUCGCUGUCACAUCUUGCCAGGAUUGUUAUCAACAAAAAUAAAAUUGACACUAAACAUUUACCGAACCCAAUUAAAAAUUAUAUCGCUGAGUAUCCUUAUACAUUUUGAAUUUAUUAGUUUAAUUACAUAGAGAAAUUUUUAAAUACUUUUUUUUUAAUCAAUAGCGUAAUAGAGAAUUUUUAUUUGCGACAUUGACUACUUUUUUAUAAACAAUUUUCAAAUUGUUUAUAAAAAAACUUUGCUGUAUAAUUAAUAUCUUCCAGAAUCUGUAAAAAUUUUUUAGUUAAAUUAUUACUUCUAUUAUUAUUAUCAAUAUAAAUUAAUGUUUUAUGUACAUAAUUGUAGUCUAAGUCUGGGUUUAUCAAAUUAACGUACAACAUUUACGACAAAUAAAAAUAAAUCAAGUUAAUUUAUUAUGAAUUUAAUUUUAUUUAAGUAAAAAAAUGGAUAAAAACUCACGAUAACAACCAAAGAAAAUUUAUCAUAAGCAAUUACUUAAAAAAUUUGUCAAUUUUAAAUUUGAAAACUCGUGACUUAGAAUUGCAUUAAUGAUAUUUCUUAUUUAUUUGAUAAUAUAUGAUGUAUUUGAAGAUUGGAAAGUUUUUCGGGAAUGAAAAUAAAAAAAAAAAAAUAAAAAGUAAAGAAUCUACUGGAUCUAGAUUUUGGAAAUGUUUCGUAUGAGUAAAAUUUAUUUCAUUUUCGUUGAGUGAAAAACGUUCCGAUCCUCAGGUAUAUAAUAUAUGUAUACAUAUAUUAUGUAUAAAUAAUAUCACUUAAGUAAAUUAAAAUUUUAAAUGAAUUAAUACUUUUAGUCAGUAUCAGCAUAAUAAUAUUUAUGUAUUUGCGAUUUGAAAAAAAAAGUAAAAAUUUAAGUUUCUUUGGAUCAUAAAAAUUUAAUAAUUAAUUAAUUAAUUAAUUAAUUGAAUACUAAUUAAAAGCGAUAAUGAAAUCCUUUUUUUCAAAAUUUCAUAUUUUUGGGUACCAUAUACACACCCAGAAUUUAAAAAUCUUCAAUUUUAUUUUUCUGUCCUUUAAAAAAAAAAAAUUUGUCUUCAUUAUUUAUCAAUAGGGCCAGGAUUUUUGAUUUAAUUUAAAAUCAACCAAUAAGAAAUAAUGAUGUGAAAUUUUUGAUAUUACGUAAAAAAUAUUGGUCGUAUAAAAAAAAUUUUUAAGCAAAAGUUGUAGGAAAUUUGAUUUUCUAAAAAAAAUGUCUCCUAUAAUUUUUCCUUAGGACUAAAAAGAAAGCCGUAAUUUCAAAAUUAAGAUUUUCAUAAUUAUCAAAAAUUUAAAUCAUUCAUUAUGAAUCUUAACUUUGGUAUUACGGUGAAAAUAUUGGCCGUAAAAAAAAAUCUGAUGAGACAUUUUUUUUAGAAAAGUAAAUUCCCUACAGCUUUUGUUCAAAAACUUUUCUGAUAAGACCAAUAUUUUCACCGUAGUAUCAAAGAUUUGAACCAUUCAUUCGAAAUCAAGGCGAAAAUCUUGUCCUCAGUUAUCAGUAAAAUUUAACAGCAAAUAAAUAAAUAAAAAUGUGCCUAUUAACAGAAAAAAAAUCAAAAUAAUAAUAAAAUUAUUUCUUAUUUAAAAUCAAAGACAGUCAGUUGCAAAUAUAUGAGUAUAUUAAAUAUAAUUAUCAUAUAUUAAUUUAAAUAUUUUUUUUUUAUCAUAAUGAAAAGGAAAAGGAAGUUAAGUAUAAGCAUGUGACUGCGAUUAAAUUAUAUCUAGAUCGUGCCGUUGUUCUUAACUUGUAAAAAAUAUAUAUAUACAUAUAUAUAUAUAUAAACUGUCGCAGAUAUAUUAAUAAAUGUUAUGUCGUUAUGAGAUAAGAAAUCACGUGCCUUAAAAACUAAGGCGUUGGCCACCCACGCGUCAAAUUUAACACCAUAAAUAUAUAUAUAUAGUAUAUAUAUAUAAAUAUAUGUUUAACAAUUGUGUAUAAAUAUUGUAUGAAUGUUAAUGUUAAUUAUAAAAAAUGCUACAACGCAUUGAUUAAUUAAGAUGUCUCUACAUUAGAGAUAUUAAAUAUAUAUAUUAGGUAACAAUAUCAGUAAUUGUUUAUUUAAUUAAUUAAAAACUAAAUAUGUAAUAUAAUUUCUGUCGGCUUUUUUUUGACAAUUAGAAGCUUUCUUUGUUUUAAAAUGAGACUUAUUAUCAUAACUGCCAUUUAAAUUUUAAUUAUUAAGUUUGACACUGAAUUGUAAAAAAAUUAAAUUAUUUAAUAGUUACGUCGUAUUUUAAAUUGUUAAGUUAUUAGUGUUUCAAUAUUACACUUAAAUAAUUUAUAUAAUUUAUAAUUAGUAUUGAAA